AAAAAGUUGUCAGUUUUGUGGGUAAUAACAAGGUUUUGUCAUUAUUAGUCGCUCGCCGUAAGAACAAAAUUGUAAACAAAUAAAUUUUUAUUUGUCGCGCGUUGAAUUAGAACUAUUUAAACAAAAUUAUCAUUAAUGAUUUAAAAAUGACAAGUGGAAAACCGUCCAAGACACACCCUGUUAACCAACGACCUAGCAACGGAAACCAGGUGUUUAGCGAAAUGGAACAAAAUGAACUCUAUCGAAGAGGUGUGAAGAUGCUGCAAGAACGAUGUAAAGCUAUUCAGAAGAACAACGAACGAAUAGUCCAUAGAUUACACGUAGUUAAACGACUUACGAAAAAACGGAGUCGUGAGGUGGAAAUGCUUAAAAACCGCCUGGACCGAUACAAUGAUAAUUGGCGAACCGCACCACAACCGUUAGCUGUAAAGUUAGAAGAAUGUAAAGCUGCAGAAUAGUCCUGGGAAAACUUGUCAUAAAUAUAAACGUAAUAAAUUUCCAAUUUGAACCCGA